AAAACCCCUAAAGAAACAAAAAAAAAUGAAAAAGAAAAUGAAAAAAAAUCCCUAAUUCUCUCUCUCUAGAGUUUUUUUUUCUCUCUCUCUAAAAAGAAAUGGAACCUAACGAAAGCCACCACCACCAACAACAGCAACAACAGCAGCAGCAGCAACCUCUCAGUUCUCCUUACUUCCAGAACCACCACCACCACCUUCAACACCACCACCCAACCACCAUAUCAACCACCGCCUCAACCGGAAACGCCGUUUCAUCUUCCAACAAUGGCCUUUUUCCGCCGCAGCAGCCGCAGCAGCCGCAGCCUAACGAUGGGUCGUCCUCCGUCUCGGUGUUCCCUCACUCAGUACCUUCCUCGGCGGUGACGGCGCCGAUGGAGCCGUUAAAGAGGAAGAGAGGUCGUCCGAGAAAGUAUGUGACGCCAGAGCAAGCCCUAGCGGCUAAGAAAAUGGCGUCUUCUGCGAGCAGCUCCUCUGCUAAGGAGAGGAGAGAGCAGGCGGCUGCAGCCGGAGGUACGGCAUCGUCUAUUUCCGGCUCAUCGAAGAAAUCUCAGCUUGGUUCUGUCGGGAAAACUGGGCAAAGCUUUACUCCGCAUAUCGUUAAUAUAGCUCCUGGUGAGGAUGUGGCUCAGAAAAUUGUGAUGCUUGCACGCCAAAGCAAGCAUGAACUAUGCGUUCUUUCUGCAUCAGGCACCAUAUCAAAUGCAUCCUUGCGUCAGCCAGCUACAUCAGGAGGCAACAUAUCAUAUGAGGGUCAGUACGAGAUUAUCUCACUAUCCGGAUCAUUUAUCCGGGCCGAACAAGGUGGUAAAACCGGCGGCCUUAGCGUUUCUUUAUCUAGUUCGGAUGGUCAGAUCAUCGGAGGAGCAAUCGGGACCCACUUGACAGCUGCUGGCCCGGUUCAGGUGAUUCUUGGUACGUUUCAGCUUGAUAGAAAGAAGGAUGCCUCCGGAAGUGGUGGGAAAGGGGAUGCUUCUAAUAGCGGAAGCCGGUUAACUUCUCCAUCAAGCACUGGACCGUUGCUUGGCAUGGGUUUCCGAUCUGUUAUUGAAUCUUCGGGAAGAAAUCCAAUGAGGGGAAACAAUGAGCAGCAUCAUCAACAAACCGGUAUGGGUGGACCUCAACAUUUCAUGAUGCAAGCGCCGCAGGGAAUGCACAUGACACAUUCUCGGCCAUCUGAAUGGGGAGGAGGCAACAGUGGUCAUGAUGGUAGAGGUGGUGGUGGGUAUGAUUUGUCAGGACGGAUGGGACAUGGGUCGUCGGAGAAUGGAGACUACGAGCAGCAAAUGCCGGAUUAGCAUCGAUACCAAGCUUCCAAAGACGUGUUUAGAGUUAGAUCCACAUUAGAAACCGAUGCCCCGAGCAAGAAUCUAAACUGAGAGAGGACUUGAAAGACGGAAUCUUGUCUCUAAGGGUUUUCAUCAGAGACGGAAGUUGAGUAAUGCUUUUGUUCUUCUUGGUUACGGUGUAUUAUAUAUAAACUCCACAGCCUUUUUCUUUCAGUAACAGCUGAUUCUGCUUCUCUUUCAUUACAUUCCUUUUCUUCUUUUUUUUAACUCUUUUCUUUUCCUAUAUUUAUAUCAUUUUUUUGUUUUGUUUUUGUUACUUAAAAAGGAAAUGCUCUUUUAUGAAUAUAUACACUUUGUUUGUUUGGUUUCUAUUUUUAUCAAUUAUUCAUAU